AUGACCAGAGCGGGAAGGAGAAAGGCAGCUGCGGCAGCCAUCGAAGCUGAAAAGCAACGUCAAUACGUCAUGGACCCUGCCCCCUUCCCUCACCGGCCAAUCGAGCUGGGCGAGCUGGUGGAUCCGAAGAGCAUCAAGAAGCUGCGAGAUCUGGGCGGAAUUCAAGGCUUGCUCAAUGCACUCGGCACGGACGAGCAUGCUGGUCUUGAUACUGGUGCUGGCAUCAAGCAUGCUGAGCAAUCAGACGAUGUCGAGGCUGCAGCUGCUACAGAGACCAGCAACAAGCGCGAACAGCGCAAGCCCGCCGACUUUGUGCACGCCACAUUGGAGGAUAGGCAGCGUGUUUACGGCCACAACGUGAUUCCUCAGAAGAAGUCAAAGAGUCUUUUGCUGCUCAUGUGGCUCACCUUGCAGGACAAGAUUCUGAUCGUCUUGUGCAUUGCAGCUGCCGUGUCUCUUGCCCUCGGCCUCUACACCGAUUUUGGCGCUGAUAGAGAACAAGUGGCGUGCCUGGACCCGCCACCUGGAAGCUCGACGUGCGAUGCGCCACAGAUUGAUUGGGUGGAAGGAGUGGCCAUUCUAAUUGCUGUGGCUAUUGUCGACAUUGUAGGCUCGGUCAACGAUUACCAAAAGGAGUUGCAGUUCAAGAAGCUAAAUGCAAAGAAAGAGGAACGCGACGUCAAGGUCAUCCGUGGUGGACGACCAGCUUUGAUGAGCAUUCACGACGUAGUCGUUGGCGACGUCCUACAGAUCGAGCCUGGAGAGAUCAUGCCAGCGGACGGUGUCCUGCUGCGCGGUCACAAUAUCAAGUGCGACGAAUCGGGAGCUACUGGCGAGUCUGAUUUGAUUCGAAAGGUGCCAUACGACGAAGCGCUCAAAGAUCUAGAGGCACAAGAGGCCGCCUCUGCUACGGGCGCCAAUCAGAAAUUGCUCAAGCGCGACUGCUUCUUGAUCUCGGGAACGCGCGUCAUCGAAGGAGCCGGAGAGUAUGUCGUCAUCGCUGUUGGACCCAGCAGCUUCAACGGCAAGCUUAUGAUGGCGCUCCGUACCGAAGCGGAGGAGACUCCGUUGCAAGCCAAGCUGAAUCGCCUCGCCGAGAUCAUCGCCUAUGCAGGCUCAGCAGCAGGUCUACUGCUCUUCAUCGCCCUCAUGAUUCGCUUCUUUGUCAACUUUAAGAAACAUCCAGAGCGGACCGGGGAUGAGCGCGGAAAAGAGUUCAUCGAUAUCCUCAUUAUUGCCGUCACUGUUGUCGUCGUUGCUGUUCCCGAAGGUUUGCCGCUCGCUACCACUCUCGCCCUCGCGUUCGCCACCAAACGCAUGACGAAGCAGAAUCUGCUCGUGCGUGUUCUCGGAGCUUGCGAGACGAUGGCCAACGCUAGCGUCAUCUGCACCGAUAAGACCGGCACUCUCACCCAGAACGAAAUGAGCAUCGUAGCCGGCAGCGUCGGCGUCCACCUCAAAUUCGCCUACAAUUUGGAGGAGAACAAAGGCCGCAUCGAAGGGGAUACACCAACGAAGCCCUCUCAACACGAAAAGAUGGCUUCCAAAUCCAGCUUGACCCGACGUGAAGGCAGGCAGGACUGGGCCAUUGACCAGCAUGAGCUUUCUUCCGUCGUCAAGGGUUCUCUAAGAGAGCUUUUCAACAAUGCCAUCACUGUCAACUCUACGGCGUUCGAAGAGGACCCCAAGUCUUCGGAUGGAGAUGCGGUCGAUGCUCCAGCAGCUGUAGCGAAGUUGGCGUCCCGCUUUGGCUUUCUGCGCCGCUUGCUACCUAGCAAAAAGACUUCGGCCGACGAGGCGACCAAGGUUGCUGGCUUUGUUGGAUCAAAAACCGAGACGGCCAUGCUCAAGAUGGCCAAGGAGCUCGGCUGGGAAGACUACAGAUCUGCGAGAGCGCGCAACCAAGUCGUUACCAACUUUCCUUUCAGUUCCGAGCGCAAGGCAAUGGCUGUAGUCGUCAAGAAGCCCGAAGGAGGCUACAGAUUGUACGUCAAGGGAGCCAGCGAGGUGUUGAGCAAGCUUUGCGAUCGCCACAUCGUUGUGCCCGAUCCUGACUCUCAGGAGAGCGAGCAAGGCAUCAUUCAAACAAGCGCAUUCAAUGAGGAAGCACGGGAAAACGUUGCCAAGACGAUCAUCUUCUACGCCAACCAAAUGCUCAGGACCAUUGCUAUUUGCUACCGCGACUUUGAUGACGAGCAGUGGCCACCCCGCGACGCAGAAGUGGACGAGGACGGUACCGUCAAGUAUCGGUAUCUGGCUCAAGACCUGACUCUCAUCUCAGUCGUUGGUAUCGAGGAUCCACUACGUCCGGGUGUGCGAUCCGCCGUGGCCAAGUGCGCCGAAGCCGGUGUGCAAGUUAAGAUGUGCACUGGUGACAAUGCUCUUACGGCCCGAUCCAUUGGUACCCAGUGCGGCAUCUACUUGCCAGGCACCAUUCUCAUCGAAGGGCCAGCUCUUCGCAAAUUGACAGACGCGCAGUUGGAGGAGCUUGCACCUCGUAUCUCGGUACUUGCACGCGCUAGCCCCCUCGACAAGGAGCGCCUCGUGGGUGCUUUGCAGAGACUGGGCCAAGUCGUCGGUGUCAGCGGUGAUGGAAGUAACGAUGCGCCAGCGCUCAAGAUGGCCAACGUCGGCUUCUCCAUGGGUAUCGCAGGUACUGAAGUCGCCAAGGAAGCCUCAGACAUUGUGCUCAUGGAUGACAACUUCGCCUCCAUGGUGUCUGCUAUCAUGUGGGGACGAUGUGUCAACGACGCCGUCAGGAGGUUCUUGCAAUUCCAGCUCACUGUCAACGUGGGAGCUGUGCUGAUCACAUUCAUCAGUGCGGUAGCAUCGGACGAAGAGGCUGGUGUGCUUGGUGCUGUCCAAUUGCUCUGGCUAAACCUCAUCAUGGACACUCUCGCCGCUCUCGCUCUUGCUACCGAUCCGGCAUCACCGGAAUUGCUCAAGCGCAAGCCCGACAAACGCUCCGCCCCCCUCAUCACCGUGGACAUGUGGAAGCAAGUGCUUGGGCAAGCCAUCUAUCAAAUCAUCCUGGUCCUCGUGUUGCAUUUCAGGGGCAACGACUUGCUCAAUCUCAACUCGGUCUUUGAGAAUGAGACGGAUCCUCUGCGUAUCGAAGCUUUGGCAACCAGGAACACACUGUACCUCAAUAGCGUCAUCUUCAACACGUUUGUGUGGUGCACGCUGUUCAACAUGGUCUCUGCAAGAAGCCUUACGCGCGAGCUUAACUUCUUCAAGGGCCUCCAGAGGAACCACUGGUUCGGCGCGAUCAUGGUCGUCGAGGUAGGCCUGCAGACCCUCAUCACCUUUGUCGGCGGCGCUGCCUUCGGCAUUCAAAAGGGACUCGAUGGUAGAGGAUGGGCAAUAAGCAUCGUUGCUGGUCUCGUCACUUGGCCUCUUGCCACGCUCCUGCGCCUUUUGCCGACCGCGCCUCUGGAAAAGAUUGCCAUUCGUCUGGGCGUCUACCCUGAUUCCAACGCUUUGCCGACGGUCAAGGGAACCACUUUGGAAGAGCAAGAGAAAGCAGCACGAGAGUACGGCGAGCCGAUGGGCAAUCUCGCCGAGCGGCUCAAUGCCUUUACGCGCAUUCGAGGCGGCAGAUCGAGGCUUGUGAGGUUGAGUUGGAAGUCCAAAUCAAGGAGAAUGAGGGAUGCGGAUGUUCAUCCUCAGACCUUGAUGGCCCUCGUACCUGCCAUCGUCACGGCUUCCAUCGGUGCGGGCUGGAGACCUACAAACCCACCCAACGCAUCGUUGGCCGACCCCGCUGUUGGGGAUCCGAGCGUCAGCAGCUGGCAAUUGUAUCAAGGUGCGAUCCAGAUGCAUCCGGAGACGGACCGCAACGACCCUUUCCUCAACACGGUCGGAGCCAAACCGGAUGACAAGCAGCAGUGA